AUGGCCGUGUACCACGCGCGCAACGUGGCGACGGGGAAAAGCGUGGCGAUGAAAGUGGUUGGGAAAGAGAAAGUGGUCAAGGUUGGGAUGGUGGAUCAGAUCAAGCGAGAGAUCUCAGUGAUGAGGAUGGUGAAGCAUCCAAACAUCGUCGAGCUUCACGAGGUCAUGGCGAGCAAAUCCAAGAUCUAUUUCGCGAUGGAGCUCGUACGAGGCGGCGAGUUAUUCGCCAAGGUGGCUAAAGGAAGGCUGCGCGAGGACGUGGCGCGCGUGUACUUCCAGCAAUUGAUCUCAGCCGUCGAUUUCUGCCAUAGCCGUGGAGUCUAUCACCGGGAUCUGAAACCGGAGAAUCUGUUGCUAGACGAAGAAGGGAACCUUAAGGUGACCGAUUUCGGUCUCUCUGCUUUCACUGAGCAUCUGAAGCAAGACGGGCUUCUCCACACGACUUGUGGAACUCCGGCGUAUGUUGCGCCGGAGGUUAUACUGAAGAAAGGAUACGACGGAGCGAAGGCGGAUCUGUGGUCUUGCGGCGUUAUCCUGUUCGUGCUGCUCGCUGGGUAUCUGCCGUUUCAAGAUGAUAAUCUCGUGAACAUGUAUAGGAAGAUCUACAGAGGAGAUUUCAAGUGUCCUGGAUGGCUUUCUUCUGAUGCGAGAAGGCUCGUGACGAAGCUUCUGGAUCCGAACCCGAAUACUCGAAUCACCAUCGACAAGUCUACUAACUUUAGCCGUUGGAUUAGUUGA